GUGGAUUUGAUAAGAUGUAGGGCAACAUCACGGCGGACUCACAGGUUUUGUGUCGAGCAUAUCUCUAUCGACAAAGCAGGGCAAGUGCUGUAUCUCAAAGAUCCAUGCUAUGCUCAUCAUCGCUGCAAGCAUAUUACGAUCAAUGCAGAUGGAGAAAUUGACAGAAACCAAUUGCCAUAUCGCGAGUCAAUCACAUUCCUUGAACCUAGAGAUGAAGAGCCCACGCCUAUUCGGGGGACCUCAGAAAACUCUAUCUCACUUCUCGGGCGCUGUUUCGGGCGCUGUUUGACACGUACCCAUACUUCGGUUAAGAACUUCAACAGUAACAGCACAGACGUUUAUUGUGCGCGCGCAUCCCACUUCCGCAUAUCUUUGACAACUUCUAUGCUAGAAUAUUCGGAUUCAGGGAGCAAUACGGAUACUGCAAACGGAGAACCUGGCUCGAAUGAAGAACAUACCGAGUCGGGACAACCGGAAGCAUCUUCUAGCGACCAUGAACAGGAGAAGACUUCUUCUAAAACAACAGGAACACCAGAAAACGAUGAAAAAGCUGGCUGUCCCUGGUGGGUGAAAUAUUUGUACGGAGUCAACAGCCUGCCUUGCGCCCACUGUCGGCAAGUCGCUUCAAAUCCUAUAAAGACCGGGGAAGGCAUCGCCUCUUUGAUCAUUUAUUCAUCCCAAGCGCAUGGGUCACCAGUGGGUGUCAGAAUUCGUGAACCACGCUAAAAUUAGGCGAGAACGCCAGAAUUUCAAAGGGGGUCAACAGUCAAUUGCUAAUAUUAUUACAAAAUAAAUCACCAUUUUGCAGUUUUAAUAGCUUUCCCCCCAUUUUUAAUAAGGCGUCUGUAUCUCCCAGGCAUAUCAGCGAUGCGUGAGCGUAUCUCUUCUAACGUGAUUUUGUCCCAUUCCUCUUGAAGAGCUUGUUUUAC